AGAUAAAUUUUGGCUUUUAUUUACUUGCUAGCACGAAGACGGUUUGUGAACUAACGUUUAAAAGCGAUAAAGUAUAUAAGCGUAUACUAAAUUUUUGCGUGAUUUAGAGUUCAAGUGUACUCGGAUUUUGAAGCUUGUCUUUGCGGUAGUUUGUAUUUAUUUUUUUAUUCAAAAUGUAUUGGCCAGCAAUUAUUUUCGCUUUAAUUUUGUGUGCUCAAUAUUCCUUUGCUCAGAAAAAAUAUUUUUUGUAAAUUAUUCCAUUCCUAUUAACCUGACGAAUGGACGAGUUGAUGGUGCUCAAUACAUGGAGAGAAACGGAGAUUUUAUUGUUACUUUCGUGGAGCAAUCGACAAUUCGAGUUACAGCGCCGAUUUUUAUAAAAGAGCUGACAAGAAAUUUCAGUUAUUCUUAUUCCGCAAUCGGUGGUCUUUAUGCCGAUGAUGGCAUAAUGAACACAACUAUGCAUAACAUUACGGCUACCAUGAGCAUGGAUUGUAAAAUCAACACCAUUCAGAUUUUCAAUCCAAGACUGCAUAUAGAGAAAGUUGGGCAAAUACGUGUUAAGAUGCACAGCAGCGGCUCAUUCAGUGCUAUAAAAAGUCUAGUUGCAAACGUCGGAAUACCAUAUUAUUGUCACGUCGGAUUUAGUCCUUUCGAACCAAAUCCGUUCGUUUUAAUCUUAAAAAUAGUCUCGGUAGAAAAUUUCUAAGAAGUGUGUCGCUCCUUUUUACCCUUGCGUUGCCGCAAAUAGGUAAGGAUGAGCUGUCGCGUGUGGUGUGAUUCGGGAGUAGUUAUUAGAGCGGAUAGAAUGCUAAAUUUAUUUUUACUAGGAAUGAAGGCGCGCUUCGCGCGCUCCUUAUUCUAUCUAUGUCUAAUAACCCUGG